GCCAAGAUGUGCAUGUGUUUAAAGUAAAUUUCUUUUUUUAAUUUAAUAUUAUUAAUGAAUUAUAAUAAAUAUUUGUGCAAUUAGUGCGGUGAGUCGGGUAAUUACCCACAAGUGCGUUUAUCCGCACGUGUAGGCAAUAGCCAAUUUACACGUGUCGCAUACAAUAUUUUAGUUAUCUGUGUGUCAAAAUGUUAGUUCUUGAAUGUGAAGUUACAGGUGAAAAAAGGAUUACUUUUGACGCACAGAUAGCGAAAAAUGAUUUUACUGUUAUUAGAAAAAACACAAUUUACUUGUUUAUAUAAAAAUGUUAUUAAAAAAUUAAGAAACGCACCUCAAUAAAAGUAAAACAAGAAACAUCGAUAAAAAUUCACAACAUACAUAUAUUGUUAAUCAAAUUUUUAUUUAUUAACAGGUUGAAAAUUAAAAACAAUCGCGCAUUCUUGAGUGUUUGUAUAACUCAUCUAUUAUUAUUUUGUAAUAUUUAAUCUAGUGAACUUUUCUACAACAUAUAAAGACUAAACUGAUAAUUCACUUUCAUCAUCUUACAUUCUUUCACCCUAUCACGUUAUCCAACGCGCUUUUGAUCGAAAAAUUACAGGAUGUCUAAUUCAGAUCCACGUGCUUAGACGUUACACGAUACUGCAGAUGAAAGAGAGUAGGGCUCUAAUCAGUUUGUCGAUAGGCAAAUUGGCUUAGAGACGACUGAGCGACAGAGUGGUUUACGGACAACAAGAAAGAAAGUACAGCGAUAAGGCCAGUUUCCCUGUGACAGAUCAGAAGUACUGAACACACGAUAAAAUCCACGUUUUAAGAGUUUUCUUUUCGAAAAUUAUAAUUACACUGGAACUUCGUAAUAGCUGCGAUUCAAGGCUGUGAACGUGAUAAAGACAUCCCCAGUUCGUUUCAAACUGUGAAGUUCAAGACUGCAGCAGUGUCAAAUUUUACUCUCUGUUUUUCAUUAAUUAUUAAAACGUUAAUCAAAGUGAACUAAUAAACACGACGAUUUAACCACCAUCUCGCAUCACACAUACACACAUAUAUAUGGAAAGGAUUUUGCGUGUCAUUUUAAGGUUUGCGAUUACGAGAUUCCGGUGUAAAAGAGACGAAAGAAGCCUCGUAUGUUGAAAGAUAAAUUGAAACAUCACAAAUCGAAACAUUACCGAACUACUGACGAUCUUUUCAACAAAAAGAAACAAGAAACGUCAUAGGGUUUAUAUAGAUCUCAAUCAAUGAUUAACGUCGACAACAUAACUCAAGAUUUUUAACAUCAAUCUACGUCAAUGGUGUCAUUUAUAAGACAAAAUAUUUAGAUGUAAUUCAGAUGUUUAUUGAUCCACGAAGAACCGGAAGUGAUCAUUCGGUGGAAAAAGUGAACAGUUACCAACUUUCGUUCGAUCUUCGUCGAAAGCAUUCGCCGGAUUUCCGAACGAUAGAAUGUGCAGUUGAUCGGAAUGACGUGGUACUUUCUACUAAUCAUAUGCUGCUACUUGUACGCCUUGUUUGACAUUACCACUCCACAUUUUCCAGAACUGGACUUUGAUGAGUAUGGAAAAAAAGAAACCUCCUUGUCAUUAAAAGAUAUCUUACCUUUGAAUCCGAAGCAGUACGAUAAGCACAGAGCACCAAAAUUCCUUGGCCAACCUACCGUCGUUUAUUUUCACGUGACUGUGCUCAGUUUGGACUCGAUAAAUGAGGAAUCGAUGACGUACGUGGCUGAUAUAUUUCUCGCUCAAAGUUGGCGAGACUCUAGGCUACGGUUACCAGAAAACAUGUCCGAAGAUUACCGUAUACUUGACGUGGAUUGGUUACAUAAUAUCUGGAGACCCGACUGUUUCUUCAAGAAUGCAAAAAAAGUUACUUUUCACGAGAUGUCAAUACCAAACCAUUAUCUUUGGUUAUAUCACGACAAAACGCUACUUUACAUGUCCAAAUUGACAUUGGUGCUUUCAUGCGCGAUGAAGUUCGAGUCUUAUCCUCAUGAUACUCAAAUUUGUUCGAUGAUGAUCGAAAGUCUUUCGCACACGACUCAGGAUCUAGUAUUCCUAUGGAACAUGACCGAUCCCCUCGUGGUUAAUCCGGAAAUCGAACUGCCGCAACUCGACAUAUCGAACAACUACACGACUGACUGCACGAUCGAAUAUUCGACAGGAAACUUCACGUGCAUACAGAUUGUCUUCAAUCUGCGCCGGAGACUGGGUUAUCACCUGUUCCACACGUACAUCCCGUCCGCCCUGAUCGUCGUCAUGUCCUGGAUCGCCUUCUGGAUCAAGCCGGAAGCCAUCCCGGCACGGGUCACUCUUGGCGUGACGUCACUACUGACCCUCGCUACUCAAAACACGCAAUCUCAGCAAUCUCUACCCCCGGUCUCAUACGUGAAGGCGAUCGACGUGUGGAUGUCUUCGUGCAGCGUAUUCGUCUUCCUGUCUCUUAUGGAAUUCGCAGUAGUGAACAAUUAUAUGGGGCCCAUAGCUACGAAGGCCAUGAAAGGAUAUUCCGACGAAGAUCUUCGCGAGGAUAUCGACGACUUCAAGACGCCAAUGAGGUCGGAUGCCGAAAGAAGCAGGAGCCCAACAAGGCCACCGAUGGUUCAGUAUGAGCAGUGCUGCGAAGGACGAGCCACCGCCAUUUACAUCGACAAAGUUUCCAGAUUCUUUUUCCCCUUCUCGUUCUUCAUUCUUAACGUCGUCUAUUGGAGCACAUUCCUGUAAUGCAACUUGAUAUGCCCGACUCGGCGAGAGUCGAAUGCGCUUUUAAAGACAUAGAAUUACGAAAAGAAUAUCACAAGGGAUGCGGCAUAACUCAUGGAAAGUGUAUCCUGAAAACUAUGAUGUAUAAAGUAUGGCACAAUGAAAGAAUUUAGUAAAAGUUGCAUUAAAUCUACAUGUUCAUUAAGAACAUGUUGUCUAAACAUAUUGUGAUAAAAAAAAACUGUACGUGUUCAUUAUAAAACACAGUAAAAUCCUGUAACAAA